AAACCUGGAUACUCUGGUUUCAGCCCUGGACAAAAACGGAUUCUCCAAUAUGACGAUUAUCAUCGGAGAAGUUGGUUGGCAAACAGAUGGAGACAAAAACGCGAACACCCAGAAUGCAAGGAGAUUCAACCAGGGUUUGCUCGAACAUGCUAUGAGCGGGAACGGAACCCCAGCUCUGGGUGGCCCAAUUAAUGUCUACCUCUUUAGCCUAAUCAACAAGAACGCCAAGGACAUUAAUGCCGGAACCUUCGAGAGGUAUUGGGGAAUCUUCGAGUUCGACAGAAAACCCAAAUACGAACUGGAUUUAACGGGAAAGAAUGGAAACAAAGGUCUAGCUGCAGUGGAGGGGGUGAGGUAUCUGAGCAAGAGAUGGUGCGUUUUCAACCCAGACGCGACUGACCUCGAGGAUUUACCAGAUAGCAUCAGUUAUGCCUGCGCUCACUCCGAUUGCACUGUGUUGGGCUAUGGCUCCUCCUGCAAUCACCUGAACCCGGAGGGAAAUGCCUCGUAUGCCUUCAACAUGUACUAUCAAGUGAAUAACCAGAACGAUGGGAAUUGUGAUUUCUCGAGGUUGGCGAUUGUGACGGAUGAGGACCCGUCGGAAAAGGUUUGCCAAUUUCCGGUGAUGAUAGCUGACGGUUCUCCAGUGACGCUGCGUCGAGGAGCUUUGGGGUAUUUUGCUUAAUCCGGUGAUUUUGAGGUAUUUGUCCAGCUGUGCCUCCACCUCAGCAUCCACUUCAGCAAAAAGAAGGCCACGUCAAACACAGAGGAAGGGUUGAUGAGCGGACCGUUAAGUGUUAACGGAAGGGUUAAGAGAGGGGUUAAUUUGCCACUGCAGGUGAGUUGAGGGGUUGAUUUGCCACCAGUUGGGGUUGAGGGGGUGAUUUGCCACCAGUUGGUGAGUUUAGGGGGUGAUCUGCACCUUUUGCCUUAAUUUUUUAUGUAUGUCGAAAUUAAAUCUCUUUUUAAUAA